GGAGGACUCUGGGCCAUGUUUAAGCUCAGCCAGGCCCCUGCUCCUCUUUCUCUUUCUCUCAUUCCCUCUUUUCUGUGAUCCGGGGCUGCACGGGCUCCUGCAGGGAAGGGGCACAGUCACACACCAGGCCGGGCACAGGACACUCACCAUGGAGCUGCUCUGCUGUGAGGUGGACACUAUCAGGAGAGCCCAUCUGGACAGGAACCUACUGACCGAGCGGGUGCUGCAGACCAUGCUCAAAGCCGAGGAGAACUGCUGCCCGUCCGUCAACUACUUCAAGUGUGUGCAGAAGGAGAUCCUGCCCUACAUGAGGAAGAUCGUGGCCACAUGGAUGCUGGAGGUCUGUGAGGAACAAAAGUGUGAAGAAGAAGUUUUCCCACUGGCCAUGAACUAUUUGGAUAGAUUCCUUUCUGUGGAGCCGCUAAAGAAAAACAGAUUACAACUGCUGGGGGCAACGUGCAUGUUCCUGGCAUCCAAAAUGAAGGAGACUAUCCCUUUAACGGCAGAGAAACUCUGUAUUUACACAGAUAAUUCCAUCAGGCCAGAGGAGUUACUGAUCAUGGAGCUGUUAAUACUGAACAAGCUGAAGUGGGACAUGGCCUCUGUGACUCCUCAUGACUUUAUUGAACAUUUUCUUGACAAAAUGUCACUGACUGACGACACCAAGCAGAUCAUCCGCAAACACGCCCAGACUUUUGUGGCUCUCUGUGCUACAGAUGUAAAGUUUAUAUCAAACCCCCCCUCCAUGAUCGCAGCUGGGAGUGUAGCAGCCGCCAUACAGGGCCUCAAUUUGGGUAACACAGACAGCAUCCUCUCUUCUCAACGCCUUACCCUAUUCUUAUCACAAGUCAUCAAAUGUGACUCGGACUGCUUGCGGGCUUGCCAAGAACAGAUCGAGCUGCUCCUAGAGUCCAGUUUGCGUCACGCUUCCCAACAGAUCAAUAUCUCAUCCGACACAAAGUCCGUGAUAGACGAAACAGACCUUUCCUGCACCCCGACCGAUGUCAGGGAUGUCAACAUCUGAUUACGGAUGGGGGAAAACGCAAAAAAAUAUAAAUAAAUUGUGACUUUUCGGCGACGGAACGUGAGGUGUGGAUACGUCUCCUGGGAACGAACUUCUCCCGCGAUCCUCAUGUAAAGAGCCGAUCCUAUGGACGUAUAUCUUCGGGGAAGAAAUACAGCUUUUUUUUUUCCCUAUAUACCUGUGACUUAAAAUAAUAAUCCCCCCAAAAAAACUCUGUUAAAAAAACAAAACAAAAAGAGAAAAUAGUAUUUGCAUAAACCGACGUCAGGUUUGUGCUAGAAAAAAAGAGGAUUUUUAUAAGACAGUAAUCAGCUAGUUUUUAUAUUAUACGUGUUUAUGUCUGUAUGUUGUAAAAAUAGACAUUAACACAAGUCAAAUGUCUCCAGGGGAGGUACUAAAAUUUGGUUCCUUAUGUGUAAACAGCCAUUUUUAACGUAGAAGAGGCUUUUUAGUUAGAAAUGUUUUUUUAAAAAUUAAAUUUUUUUCUUUUCUUUCCCUAAACCACCUGUUGCUCUUUGCGGUCUUGGCGUCUCUAUAAUCUGCUUGCUAUUGCAUGUAGUCACUUUAUAUUCUUUCUUUAUGUGUUUUUUUUUAUUUUUAUAUAUCUAUAUAUCUAUAUAUAUAUAUACCUUUUUUUUUUUUUUUUUUUUUUUUAGUUUUAUAUCCUCUUCACUUUAUAAAUGGUUAAUGUAACCCAUAGUAUAUGUUUAGUAUAGUGCAUUACUAUAUGUUAAUCAUGAUGUACGGCUGUGGAUUGCCUGCACCUGCGGCUUGUAGGGUGCCAGUUUUUACAACGUCUCAAGGCUUAGUUUACCGCCCUCUAUUUUGCUCUAUUAUUGAGAGAUAGCGAUGGUAAUAUAUUAUAUUUUUAUAACUUUUUUUUUUGGUAGCUGCCUCUGUGUUAAAAAAAAAAAGAAAAAAAGAGAAAAAAAAAAGAAAAAACUAAAUUUUUUUCCAAAAACUGGCAUCGCCCCAUCCUCCGCACCCUAUUUCCCAACCCACCCCCCCAAGCCUAAAAAUGUCAGGAAUCAAUCCACAGACCAGUUUUCUUGGUGUUAUAUUCUAAAACCAUUCCAUUUCAAAGCACUUUGGGUCCUUUUUCUUUUAAGUUUUUAGCGAAUAUGUUAGAUGUGGGAAAUCAACAAAAAAUGGAAUGGUUUGGAAUUGGCAUUCGAGCGGAGCGAGUGAUUACUACUAUAAAUCUCAUCAGGGCAAGGGGGAGCCCUGCGGCUGGCUCGGAGAGUUCUGGGAGUUGUAGUUCGUUUCAGGUGCUUGGCGGACGUUUUGUGGGCAGCCGCCUGUCUUAAAGGGAUGGAAGGGGCUCGUUUCUGGUCCACAAAAUGGCUGCCGUUGUCUGGUGUCUGUGAUGAGUACGAUCUCGGGAGCCACAGGUUACCUACCCAGGUAUUAGAAGAUAUGGUUAGACUCAUUAAUGGGGACACAGCGGUACAUGGAUUUUUUUCUUUCUCCCAUGCUACGGUGUCUGCUGUGUCCGUUUUUUUAUGUUUGCAUGAGGGCAAGUUAGCAUUAAGGCUUUACCACAUGUUGAUGUUAAAGAAGCUUUUGUUGUUUUUUUUCAACACUAAACUAUAUAAUUUAUCGCUAAGGCUUAUAUUUAUUGCAAGAGAUCCUCAAAAGGCCAGUAUCACCUUUUUAAAAUGAAAAUAAUGCAACUUCCCCUUUAAAUAGUUUUUGUAGGCCCCACCCCCCACAAAAAUAAGGUUUCCAAUGACGUUGGCGAUUUCAACGUCACCACACAAAGCACUGUAAAUUAAUCGUGGAGAUUGUGUACUUGAAAUUAGCUGUCUCAAAUUUUCCCCACUCUCCCGGGUCCACCUCACCCCCCAUUUCUCCCCAUCACCACCACUUUUAUUUUUGUUCUUAGCUAAAAGACAAAAAAAAAAAAUCUUAUCAAAUUUUUGCACAUUGAACCUCUAAACUUUGUUAUUUUAUUAAAAAUGAGAAUUGUUUUGAAGGGAAGCGGUUGACUUCGGAGGAAGAAUGUAUUGAUUGUGCAGGUGAGAAGAUGCCCUUAAUGUGUUGAUUGUUUCAAAAAGAUAAAAGAAAAAAAAAAAACUAAAAAAAAACUAAGGAAAAAAAUGGAAAAAAAAAAUGAAAAAGGAGGAUUUCUCCAGUUUUUAUUAAAGCUGCUAUGGAUUGAAACUCCCAGCAUGGUUUUGAAAAGUUUAAAAAAAAAAACAGUGCUUCUCUGUAUCUACGGUAUGUCAUUGUUUUAUUUUGCUGCUAUUACUUUGUAGUCCUUUUUUGUUAUGUCAUGUCUUAUACUGCCAUUUUUCUAGAAUUUAAUUUUCUCAUAGAAAAUUAUAUUGUCGACUUCCAUGUUUUGUUUUUGAUUUUAAAUUUUUUUUUUUACAUGUCAGUUUUUACUUUAAUGUGAUUACUGCUCAAUUCCAAAAAGAUGAAAAAAAAAAAGUUCUUGUUUCACAAUACCUCAUGUCUCAUUGUUGUCACGUCCAGGUUUUAUUGCACCCUGGUUUUCUAUCUGUCAGGCCUGCAUUUGAGAACUGCGGGGGGAAUUUAUCAUUAUGUGUUUGAGACAAUUUUUGUUAUUUUUUUUAGACUGGAGUUGCUUUGCGCACUUGUGCUAACUUUUAUGAAGAUGGUGCUCGGUUUGAUUAAAUUUGCCGCGAGUUGUGAUGUGGUUUCGCCACUGUCGGUGAAAGUGCUCACCAGGGUUACCUGGAGAUGCAACUUUUUAAAAAGUGGCACAUCAUAAAUGAGAUAUAAAAGUGUUCUAAUUUGUAAUCACUCCACUUUUGAACGUGGCGAAGCUCAUCAAAAGUCGCAAAAUUUCACCAAAAGUCGCAAAGAAAUGUAAAAUUGUAGCAGAUUUGAUAAGUACCUCCCUGCGUUCGUAAUGAGUCCUGAAUGAUCAUUGUUGUUAGUUUGGUGUUUUUUACAUAUUUCAGACGUUCCGGAGAAUUCUGAUUUGCGUUGGGAUGUGUAUGUAAAGUUGGUUUAACUGCUUUGGGUAGGUCGUUGAUUUGAGGUGUAGCUGAGGCCUACACCCCGAGAGAUUGUUCUUUGGUAACUUUGAGGCAUUGUUGAAAUGGCAGAACCAAGUGCAAGUCACCAUUAUGGGUCAGUACUAUUAAGAAACUUUUUGGAUUGACCAUGGUGGGUCUAUGAUUUUUAGACACAUUACAGGACUGUGUGGGUCAGCUUGCUUGGGACUUGUAGCCACUCAAUGGCCACAGGAUAAGCUGGUUUAGAGGCACAAUACAAAGGAAGAACCGGCAUCAUUAUGGGUCAGUACUAAUAAGAAUUUUAGUACUGACCAUGGUGGGCCCAUGAAUUAUUUUUUUUUAGAUGUUGUGGGGCAGCAUGCUGGAACUUGUAGCCACUGAAACAGUAGGGUGAGUUGGAUAUGGCCAGUAUGAAUGUUCCAAAGGAAGACUUGGCAUCAUUAUGGGUUAAUGCUGUUAAAAACAUUUUUGGAUUGACCAUUGUGGGUCCAUGAACUUUUUAGAUGUUGUGGGUCAGCAUGCUGGACCUAGUAGCCACAUGACUACAGUAGAGUGAAUUGGGACAACACCUAUGCACAGUCCAAAUGAGGAAAAGUCAUCAUUAUGGGUCAAUGCUAGUAAAAAGAAAUUGACUAUUGUGGGCCUAUGAACUUUUUAGAUGUUUUGGAACCGUGUGGGUAAGUGAGCUGGAAUUAAAACCACAUGACAACAGAAGAGUGAGUUGGACAAUGGCCUAUGCACAGUCCAAAGGAACUACAGUCCCAUAUGGCACCUCUUCGGGAUAUAGCUGAGGUUGGGUUGUUCACAGAACGUUACUUUACAUUUGAUACCACUGAAAAGGAUACCUUUGUUUUUGUAGAUGAAGUUUGUAAUGUUGAAAUGUCCUUAGAAUAGGUACCGUGAUCUGGACUGAAUGGAAGGUGCUCGGUGCUCAAUAAGGCACCAAUGUCUCUGAAAACAAAAAAACAAAAAACAUCACCACAGGACGGAGAAACGUGGAAAAAAAAACUAAAAAAGCUCAGCUGGGCUCUGCAUGCUGCUAAACCAAAUCCAAAUUGGUAGGGAGUAAUAAUUUACAAAUAAUUAUGGAUUUAUUUAAUUUUUUUUGUCGUUUCUGUUGCCAGGGUCCACGUAUAUGUGGCAAAUCCUGUCCAAAAAUUCCAGGAAUAUCUUUGCUUUUAUUUUUACUGUUUACCUCAAAAACUUCUCUGUCCAUAUGACCGAAAACAUAUUUUCUUUUCUUUCCUGGACCAAAUGUGAUAACGUCCCGGUGAUUUUCAUUUUUUUUUUAUUUUACCUUUUUGUUGUUGUAUUUGCUGGGGCAGCAUGUGAACAACUCUUGUUCUCACCUAUUGUAACUCCUAUAAGGCCAAAGUCUAUUGGUUCAUGUUCUAAUAGAUGAGUAAUGUUACUUUAUUGACUUUUUUUUUCCUUCUCAUUGUUAAUUAGCCAAUCAGUCAUCCUUGUGCAUCCUGUUCAUGAUGGCCGGUCUGAAACGCACAUUGUCACCAACAGACCGUUAUGUAAUAUGUCACUCUUGAGUUGAAUUACAAAAAAAAAUGACUAGGAAUAAACCAUUCAAAAACA